AUGACCAAUUUCUUAUCUAAUGUCAAAUCAGCUCUGAACGCUCGGAGGGGAUCCAACGGUGCUGAGCAGAAUACCUUGAGUCCUGAAUAUAGUCAAAAUCAAAUACAAUACAAUCAGGUUCCCGAUACAUCCUCAUCUAUCGAUCUCAAAUCAUCCUCUGCCUCCUCAUCCGAAGAGUUCAAAUCGAAGAAAGAGCUUAAAGCAGAACGUAAAGCUGCUGAACAGGAAGAGCUCGCGAGGUUAGCGGCGCAAGCCAGAGAAAGGGGAGAGAAAAUGAAAUUGGAUCCUUUAUAUUUAACUAAGGAAUUUGCAGAUAGAGGGUUGGCACCGGGGGGAAACGACUUCAUACCUCCUUUUGGAAGAGGUUAG